AUGCGAUUCCUUUGUCUCCACGGCGCAGGUACCAACGCAGAAUCCAAUCCGCCAGGCCAAGAUUGUCAAUCUGACUUGUACCGCAACCAGGUGGAAUUACAUACGACCUCGCAAAAGCUAAAGGGCCUCUUUACUGGCCCUUUCUAUAACCACUAUCCGCGCGACCGGGCACCGGGCGAAUAUCUCGCCCCCGCCAUGAAGCACGUCUACGAUAUCAUCGAGCGUGAUGGACCCUUUGACGCCGUUAUGGGAUUCUCGCAAGGUGCUGCCCUGGCAUGCGCCAUGAUCGCACAUCAUGCAAAGAUGCAUCAGGAGCCUCUGUUCAAGGUCGCCGUAUUUAUCUGCGGUGCCGUACCGUUCGAUAGCACUGGCAACGAGAUCAUUCCUGAGCCUUCAGCUGGGGACGAGUAUCCGGUCAAUAUCCCCACGGCAAACAUUGUGGGAAAGCAGGAUGAGCUAUAUCCGUCUAGUAUGCGUUUGUCCAGGCUGUGUGAUCCGAGCAAGAUGAGUUUCCAUGAUCACGGGUCGAAGCAUAUGGUGCCGUUUGAUGUGAAGAACACCGAGGCCAUGGUCGCUGUUAUUGAGGCUGCGGUCCAGAAGGCUUUGAGGGGAGAAUAG